CGAAUUCACCAGACCUAAACCCAAUUGAGAAUAUUUGGAAGGUGUUAAAGGAUAAUGUUCAAAAUUAUGAAGCUUUUCCGCGGUCUAUAGAUGAACUUAAAGAAGGAAUGUUAUUUCCUCAAUGCCAAGAAGAAUUGAAGCAGUAUUUGAGUCAAUGGAUGGUCAAUUAA